AUGGAUGUGGACGCCGAUGCAUACAACGAAGAUUACAGCGAUGCAGCUGUUGCCGAGGAGAUAGCCAAGUACCGCAACAUCGUCUUGUCAGCAUGCUCGUCCCUUGGCAACCUCCAGCCCAACACAGAUGAAUCCGCAGCCACCAAUGCAAAAAUGGUCUACGUGCCAGCCAAAGACUGCCUCGCCUCACUAAAGGACAUCAAACGGUACAUCCAGAUGGACGAACAGGGCGACGGCAAACUCGUCCUGCAGUGGCUGGGCGAAUGGCAAGUGCUCGAGCGCGACAUCAUCCCUAUAUUCACCAUCACCGCCAACCACAUAUACCCGAGCAAACAGCAUCCGACACAGACGCCUUGA